GGAAAUCUGACCAGUUGGAAAAAUGUUUAUUCUAGUAUUUGUAUUUGUGGGAUCUUUCUUUGAUUCCGGCCAAGCACUACAUGUUGGAAUUAAUAACAGACCUAAAGUUAUGGAAAACAUGAAUGGUGAAUACUUGUUGUCUAAUCCAAACCCAAAUUCUAAAAAUAAGUUUUCUACUGAGUACUCAUCUUAUGAGAAUGUUGAAUACUUUGAUGUUUACUCUCCUCUUAUUACAUCAAGGUAUGGAGAGGUUUAUUGGACACUGAUGGAUGAAGUUCCUCUAGACAAAUCACUUGUGGAUAGAUUUGAUGGAAAAGUUAUGGCCAUCGUUGGGUUUGAAGCUGAUCAGGUGAUGAAAACAGGUAAGGGAGAUGUUUCAGUUCCAAUAACUUGGGCGUACAAUCAUCAUUUUGAAGCUUACAUCAAAGGAGCACUUUCUGAAAUGAGACUUACAACUCCAGAGGAGGCUCAUAAAAUGGGUCAUUCAUAUGGACAAAAGGUUUGGCAUACUUUCAAAAGGUCUGAUGUUGAGGAUCCAACACCAGAAUCUGGAAUUCCUGUUUCUCAAAUAUUUUCCGAGGGAAAUGGUGGGGAAUAUAGAAAAUCCUAUCACGGUUACCCAAAGGGAAUGGCUCAGUUGAUAGAAUCACCAGUUUCUUUUCAAAUUGAGCCAAUGCAGAUUGACACUAAGAAUAGAUUCUACAAUGGAUCUGAUUUCCGUCCUGGCAUUCUGCCAGCAUCCUCUGCUGCACCCCCAAAUGCCUCAUACAGUGGGCUCCUGGAGUGUCCUUGUGCUACAAGAAUACCUAAAAAUAUAUCUGUUUCAUACACCACAGAGGUGACUGGACAUUGUGCAACUGAAAUCCAUAAUUCUAAAGAAUGUUUUGAAGCAGCUGAAAAGGUAGGUUUAUCAAAUGUAGCCAAAUUUUUGGAAAUUAGUCAAGACUCCCUGCCAACAGGAUGUUCCUCCAUCACAUAUGCCAAUGGAACUGUGAAUGUGUAUUACAACAGCAUAGAACAAUCUAAAACCCAGUGUGGAGGAGGAAUGGUUACUUCUGGAAUUCUAAAGUCUGAUUCUGCAAUGGUGACCAUUUCCCUUAAACUAGAUUCCACUCUGUCCAAGGCCACUAUUGAAUUAACUGGUCAAAGUCAGAGUUGGUUUGGAGUUGGCUUCAAUGCACCCAGCUUUCUAAUGGCUGAUCAACCAUACACAAUUGUUGUAGAUGGAAAUGGAAAUGUUGAGGAGAGAAAACUAGGGAACCAUGCCCCUGGUAAUGUUCUUUCCCAAAGUUUGAAAGUUGUCUCUAAUUCUAUCAAGGAUGGACUGAGAACUGUUACCAUAGAAAGACCAUUUGCUGGAAAGACAAAUGAUCAUUAUACAUUUGACCCCAAGAAUUCAUCUUUGCCACUGCUGUUAGCUAGUGGAACAGCAAGCUCCUAUUCAUAUCAUGGACCUACAUCAAGAUCAGGAGGAACCAUACAUCUUCAAGCCAUGGACAAUCCAACUUGUCUGUGCUAUGAAGGGGUUAAAGGAACCAUCAAUGGUAUUCCAUUUUCCAAGAACUGUCUUCCUGAACCAAAAGGUGAUUUACUUGUACAAAAAAAUCCAACAUGUUUUGUUGACACCUACCAGGGAGGACUAGCAUGCUGUCAUCAUGAGGUAGUCCUUCUUGAUGAGGAUCAGGUUCAGCCGGAAGGAGAUUUGUCCUAUCACAUGAAGUUUAGAUUCUGGUUCCAAGAAUAUGAUACAUCUACCAACAUUCCCUCUCACCAAAACCUGAUUCGAAUUUACUGGCAGACUGAAGCGUUAGCUGGAGAAUAUGAUAUCUUAAAGUGUGAAGAUGGAAAACCAGAGGAAGAAUGCAUCUUUGAGAUAAAAUCAAACUUUACAGUUCGAGAUAUGAUGUCAUCAUGUGAUACGCGCACAAACCCUUUGUGUUGGGGUGACACCACAAAGUUCAAGGGUAUAAACUUGACUUAUGCUGCAGGACAUUGUCAUGCACCUAGCUGCACUCUUAUGGAACUGUACAAUGCUGACACCAAUGAACUCUUAUGUCGUCAUGACCCGGUAUAUGGUAAAUCCCAUGAAGUGUUUGAUGAACUUGGAUAUAUUGCUAUCCCACCAUGCUUGUACGGAUCUGAAGAGCAUGGACUAAUGCCGCCUACCUUCUUGUCCUAUGAUACAAAUCUAUAUUCAAUCAAGAAGAACAAAAACACUGCUGCUCAUUAUGGAGAAAUGGCCUCUUGGCAAAUGAGAGGUGUACUGGCUAAUAAUUGAGAGACACUAAUAUGGAAAGGAACUGAUUUCUAGACAAAACUCAAAUUUUCUAAUAUCUAUAUCGUUGCAACCUGCUGGUUUAAACCUUUGAUAUU